GCAAUUGAUGAGGAAGUUGCUGCAAACAGCAUCUUGGAAACUUCAUCGAAUUUCUUGAAUUCCGUCAUAUCGGGUAGGAAUUUUGACAAGCGAUGGGUCAUUGAUACUGUAUCCAUCAUCAUAUAUGCGCGCAAUCGGGCCUCUUCUAUACUUUUCGAAGGGCUUUCCAAUAUACUUACUGCCGCUCAUGAGAUUGAUCGUGCUGUUAUUCUGUCAUCAUUCUAGUUUAUCUCAAAGGUUGUACUUCGCUGUCGCUCAUCGGAAUCUGCAAAGCCUUUGCCGAUAAUCUGUCAUCUCAUUGAGCUGGCUGGAUGUAGCGCGGCUGAGAAAAUUCGAGCACGUUGGUCUUUUGCUUCAGUGUAUGCUUUAUGCUGACGCGGAAUUGAAAGAAAAGGAAAGAAUGGAAGUUGCUGAGGAGGACAUAACAGUGCAGAAUCAAGGGCUUGAUGAUUGUCAUAAAUUGGGGAACUGUUCUUGCAGAGAGGCGUAUAGAGUACACGCAACAGCAAUUCGUGCUUUGUGUCAAUUACCAAUGAGUGAUGAACCUCAUGUUGACAAAGACAACAAAGAGUUCUUUCCUAGUGACUUGAUAUUCGACUCAUUGCGCGAUUAUGCUGCUGAAGUUCGAGAAGCGCUGCAGUCAUUUGUCUUUCGCAUCGAGCUUGAAAUUGAUCGUUUCAUAGAAUUUCUUGAAAAGAAGGAUGACUGCGAGUUACUCAAAGCUCUCGUCCAACAUUUGAUCACAUCGACCUUUAUACGCUCGUUCAGUGAUGACUCUCGGUUGCGGUUUCUGCGUUCACUAAUGACUGAACGGAGCUGCCCUGCAUGUGUCUGCGACGUAUCCUGCGGCCAUAUACCCACGUCUACGCGGCGACUGAGCUGGAGAGCGUGAAGACAUGCCGAAAGUCUACGUUACGCAAACGGCGCAUAAUACAGUCGGAUUAUGCAUCUCCAAGUUGACUUCCAAACUUCUGUCCUUCCCUUUCCAUUUUUUCUAAUAAGGCGGCCGACUACGGCCCUAACCAGCCGUAAGUGGACAGAGCAGAUCCUGUUACGCGUGCCUCAAUGCUGCCCCUUGCGUUAAAACGGAAAGGCGCUUUGCAAAGUAUAAGAGACCUCGGUUUUGAUUUAUACAAAUAACAUAUUUUGGAUGAUAUUAAUAACCAUGUUUGCCAAAGUAUACAUGCAACUAACGGUAUUCAUACCAGUGCUGGACUAUAGACUGCACAGGUUACGAAUGCCACUAAUCCUUCGUCCUUAUUUGGCUGACAUAAUCUUUCAAUUAGUAGGUCGUCCCGAAAAUUUGUCGGUUUUUUCUCACUAUAAGAC